CUUUUCUCAAAAGAUCAUGUCUCAAAGCUCCAUGCUGGAUGAGGUUGGGACGUGGAGGGAGACGGAAUGUCAGGCCAGAUGGCAGGAGGUGCUGCCAGAGCUCCUGAACAGUUUUUCUGCAGUGGAGGAUGGUUUGAAGGAAAUAGGUCUCCUUAAGUUGCUCUGCCAGUCCUUGGUCCCCCACAUUCCCUCCACUGAUCUGGAGAAACAAGUAUUUAGCAAGAUAGCAAAUAAAGUUGAGGAGAGUUUUCACAGACUUCUAGGAAAUGUUGCGAGCCUGGUUAAGAACAACUCCAGGGAUAUAUUGGAGGAAAUUGCUCAGCAGUUGGAGAUGGCAUCCACUCUAAUAGACAGCAUAGAGCAAUGUGUAAAGUGUGUGUGUGGCGAUUCAGAAGUUGAAAUUUCUAGUUUCUUGUCUCUCUCCAAGGUGGUACUCUCUAUCUUAAAGGAGUCUUAUCAACACUGCAAGACCAGUUCAUCAGUGUAUGGAGACCUGCUGGGGAUGCUGUCAGAGGGUUUGUCUGCCAUAUUUAAGAAGACACACAGCUUGCAGAUGAGCUUCAUAUCCCUACUUGAUAAGGUGGUGCUGGGGUCCACCUCAAGUGAUGAAGACAUUGAGCAUUUCUGUGCUGCUCUCCUCAAUCUGCAUGAAUUAUGUGCUAUUGUAAACACCCUGGACGUCAAGAUCACCAUCACCACGUGGAAGGCAGUGUCAAAACUAGCAUGUCAGCACAAAGAUUCUCUAAGAAACAGACUAGAUGUGUCUGUGCUGGUGACGUCACUCUGUCUGGAGGUGCUCACUUUGUUCAGGCACUUGUUUCAACUUGCACCACAGACUGAUAAGGAGGGAAAUAAAAUCAGCUGCGGGGACCCCAAAGCAUUCUCCAAGUCUGUCAAGGUCGCUGGUUUCCAGAUGAAAGUUCUAGUGACGCUGGUGAAGGAAUUUGAGGGUUACCUUGGCAACUGUGUCAGAGAGCUGUAUCAGCUGUUACAGGAGCUACACAGGCACAUGCCCCCAUCACUUUCUGCACCCAGCAUACCUAAACAAUACACAGAAGACAUAGAGAGACAAGUUACUAUAGCAACAGAGCCAAUGUUAACACAUCUCCUUGGUAACAGAGAGUUCAUUGAGUGCCUAAUGGAUACUGAGGGUUUUGAUAAAGAAAUGUGUCUGUCGAAGUGUUUGCUGCAGGUCAGAGUAAUGGGACUACUUCCUAGAUGUACAGAUGGUGUAAAGGACCAGUGGACAUCACCAAGGCUCUACCCAGAGGAUAAACCUAGGGAAAACAUCCUAAGUGGACUCUUCAGCUCUGUAGCAAACUGUUUUGUAGAACUGUCAUUACCAGUCAAGUUACCUGGGAUUAUGUGCAAUGGAAAGCCCCAAAGGGAAGUGAGUCUUUACGAGCAUAUCUGCAGCAGGCUGUGUGGUUUUGUGGGCAGUUUAUCUGCCAGACACUUCAAUGUGUUGGAAAAGUGCCUUUUAGAGAAUGUUCUUGGCAGAAACUUAUAUUGUGCAUUACUUGCCAUAGAUGUAUGGUGUUUUGUAGCCAGGUAUGGGACAGCAGAGGUAUGUCACGCCCACAUCUGUCUGGUAGCUAAGUUAAUAGACAGCCAGCAGUGGAACUGUAGUGUACAGUAUCUCCACCUGGUGGCACUGUUCACAAGACUGGUCAAGUUCCAGGCACAGGAACACCAGGAGGCAUUUUUGCAAACAUUCCCUCCAGUAAACCACUUGGUUCUGUGGUCACACCUGCCAUUGACUGCACUGCCAUCUAUACUUCUGCAGCAGGUCAUUGAUCUUGGGGUCACCAAGUGCACAAAGGUCAUCAAUGAUUGGAAUAGCAGUAGCAGUAAGACCUUAGGAAAAACAAGGGAAUUG